AUGAUAACCACUAGUAGUCCAUCGUUUGAUCUUAAUCAAUUAACAAGUGAACAACAAACAAAAUUUCAUACUGUUUACGAUGAAUUAAAAUUGGAUUAUGAAUCCUAUCUACAAUUUAAAUUUAAAUUGCAGCUGAAAACUCAGAAUGAUAGUGAAGAAGAAGAAAAUGAGUGGUGCUAUGAAUUGCAUAGACACCUUUGUGCUAGAAAAUGGAAUAUCGCACACACGAUCAAAUCUAUCCAGGAUAUGAUACAGUGGAGAAUAGAUAAUCAUGUUGAUUCGAUUCUUGAUGAUCUACCGACAUCACUUCGAGUCGACCUCGUUCGAAAAGUCGUUCCGGCUGCUAACCACGGCUAUACAAAAACUCAUCGACCAUUGUAUAUAGAGAAAUCGGGUCAGAUGUACGUCGAUUAUCUGUUGAAUCAAUUCACGACAGAAGAACUGAUCCAGUGUUUUAUUUAUUCCAGAGAAUUUAAUUGUCAACUGGCAAGACAGCGUAGUCGACAAGUGGGAAAACAUGUGGGAAGUUUUGCGGUGAUUUUGGAUUUAAACGGAUGUAAACCGGAUGCAAGAAAGACACUUCAUUUGGUAAAACAAUUGAUCUCGCUUGAUACCAACUAUUAUCCUGAACGUCUAGGACAAAUGUUCAUUGUGAAUAGUUGUCAUUCAUGUCCCACUUCUCCGGAUUGCGUUCCUGUGUAUGACUGGAGUAAAGAAACUGGUGAAGAUUAA